GAUGGUAAUUCUGUUUCGGAAAAGCAACAUGCCUGCGUUUGUCUCUCUCCCAAUCAAUCACUUGCUGUUCAAAACGUUAUGUCGGUGCGGUACACAUUUUGGGAACACAGCGUGCAGCGGCGAUACUGGUGGCGCAAUUUUAACAAAGAGGUCUAAUUCUGCGCUGUGAGGAAAUGCCUACGGGGCUGGCUUCGCUGACGUGGAAGAAGAGUUGCAGUUUGCUGGCUGAUGCAAUGAACGGGAGGUUGGAUCAACCUUAUUCACAUAAAAGGCAAACAGAGCUCCUGGAAAGGACGGACAGAAGCCGGUGUGUGUGGGAGGCUCUGUUUCUUUGUGAUCUGCAGGAGAGUGAGUGCCGCCGCAGCUGGGACACCGCAUUUACCUCACCGCAGCCAGCAGCAACAUACAAUUGCAUUGUCACCUCUUCCACACUCGGAGAGAAGCGGGAUUGACAGAUGAAGAGCGGCAAGAGUGGAAUUGAUGGGAGCUCCCAACAGUCUGUUACUAAGACAUUUAAGGCAGCAGAUCUGGAGAUUGAAAUGGUUCAGGGGUCAGCCAAGAAGCCAGACCCGAACCAGAUUGUGUUUGGGACUUUCUUCAGUGACCACAUGUUGAUGAUUCAGUGGACGAUUGCAAGAGGCUGGGAGAGGCCACAGAUUAAACCAUUGCAGAACCUCUCACUGCAUCCUGCUGUGUCAGCUCUACAUUACUCCGUGGAGUUGUUUGAAGGGCUGAAAGCCUACCGAGGAGUGGAUAAUAAGAUUCGCCUGUUCAGACCCAUGUUGAAUAUGCAGAGGAUGCUGAGAUCUGCCAAUCGAGUCUGUUUACCUAGCUUUGAUCCCAACGAGCUGUUGGAGUGCAUCAGGAAGCUGGUGGAGAUAGACAGGGAGUGGGUGCCAUACUCGAAUGCUGCCAGUCUCUACAUCCGACCGGUCCUUAUCGGAACAGAGCCUUCUCUUGGAUUGAAGCUAACAACAAAAGCCCUGCUGUAUGUGAUCCUCAGUCCAGUCGGACCUUAUUUCUCAAGCGAGAGCUUUAACCCUAUAUCCCUUUGGGCAGAUCCAAAGUACAUUCGGGCAUGGAAAGGAGGAACGGGAGACUGCAAGCUCGGAGGAAAUUACGGAGCAUCACUUUUUGCACAAUCCGAAGCCUUGGCUGCAGGAUGUCAACAGGUUUUGUGGCUCUACGGAGAAGAACACAAUAUAACAGAGGCAGGGACAAUGAAUCUGUUUCUUUACUGGAUAAAUGAGAAUGGAGAGGAAGAGCUGGUAACACCACCACUAGAUGGCGUGAUAUUACCUGGAGUAGUAAGACAAAGCAUUCUGGAUCUUACACGCAAGUGGAAUCAGUUCAAGGUUGAAGAGCGUUCCGUCACAAUGAAGGAACUUCUCUUUGCAAUGAAGCAAAACCGGGUCAAGGAGAUGUUUGGUUCAGGAACUGCUUGCAUCUUGUGUCCAAUAUCGCACAUCUUGUACCAGGGUGAGAACCUACAUAUUCCAACCAUAGAAAAUGGACCAAAGUUAACAAUGCGGCUCUUUGAAAACCUUGCUGACAUACAGUACGGAAGAAUAAAGAGUGAUUGGGCUUUCCUGGUGGUCUAAGUGUUGGAAUGUAAUUGAAGGCAGACUGAAGAGCUGAGCAGAAGGAGGGCUGAAUUUCAAAAUAGCACUAUGUGCAGUCCGCUGGCUGUGAACAUAUGGUGUAGGCUCCUGACUGCUGUCCAUACCAAACUAAAGAACAAAACAUUUUGUAAUAUAAACAGGAAUUGUAAUUGUGUGUAUUGUCACAUCUUCUAUUCACUGGAGGACCAGAGUCAAACCAGCAGUUGCAUGUCAGGCACGACAGUGUCCUCUCACAUUCUAAUUGAGCUCUGUUUGAUAGGCUUCGGUGCAGGUCCUAUUCACAGGUCUCUCUCUGGUUUUGUAGCAGCCCUGUGUGAUAUUGACUCACAGUGUUACAGACGUUUCAUCAGCCAUGACGUAUGACUAGAUUACCCUACGGCCAGGAUGUCAGGGCCCGUUGAUUCAGUGCGUUUUGCAUGCAGUCGGCAACUGAGCAAGAAAGGAAUUUGUACAUGAGCUAUCACUGAUGAACCGCUGUUAGGCUAGUGAACCGUACAAAAUGGGAGCUAAUUUUCUCAACCAAACAAAAAUAGAUUAAUGUCUGGAAUUGGGGUCAACAUCACAUUAUAUUUUAUGCUCAUGGAAUUCUAAAUGCCUUUGAAUCAUAUUAUAUCAGUAACAGUGACACACAAGCAGUGAUCCGAAACUAGAUUUGUAACUGGGUGGUUGUAAGGGUUGAAAAUGCCAAAUAAAGAUUCCUGUAAAUGAAUUGCAAAACUUUAAGCCAGCCUCAGAGCUCAGACAGCAUGUGAACCUUCAAUAAUUUACAGUCAGCCUUUAAUAUAUCCCAGUUACCUUAUUACCGGCUAUACAGAGCUAUAAUAUACGCUGUCCAGUUGAGUUUUGAAAGGUAACAUAUAAAUUAUUCUUUUACGUAUGUUUUUGAAGCGUAGGUAACACUAGGAUCCAUAGUUAUUCCUGAUUCUUGGCUAUCCUGGAAAAACUGCAGUCUGAAAGUCAGCCACAUUGUGUGAAAUUGAGGCAUUUAGGGAAUCCAAUCAGGUCAGGAUGGAAGCUCGAGUAGAUUUUAAUUUGGGAAGUUUAUUUCUAUGGAACCAAGGCAGUCAAACGGAGCUGAGGUACAGAUCUAACUGAUUACAUAAUCUAACUGACAGAACAAGCUUGAAGGAUUGAAUGGUCUCCUCUUUAUAUUCUUCAGUGACAAUGAGGCCCAUCACUAUUUGGUUCCGAUGUCUAAUUGCCCCCGGGAAAGUGGAAAUGAUUGAUGUUAAUGAAUAGUUGCAGUCACAUGUGGCCCAGAUGGGGUAAGGAUGGCAGAUUUCCUUUCCAAAAGGGCCUUAAUGAACCAGAUGGGUGUUUUUUUUUCAAUGACAAACCAUUAUUGACACUAGCUUUAAAUUCCAAUUUAUAAAUGAAUUAAAUUUGUAUCUAAGCAGCUGCCAUAAUGGGAUUUGAACCCGUGUUUCCAGAGCCUGGGCCUCUGGAUUACUGUCCCAGUGACAUGACUAAAAUGGUACCAUCUCCCCAAGCCAGCAGCUUGCCUCGGCAAUGUUAUUUCUUGGCACCCAGCCUAUGGAUUUUAAUAAAAUGAACGUUGCCCGUAAUGCAAUGGAUUUACCACAUGUGGUCUCAGGAUUGCCUGGCCAUUAUUGUAACUGUUACACUUGGUUUAGCCAUAUGAUGUGAAUGCAGCUGUGACCUUAAGCUUAGCUGGUGUAGGUGAUGGUGCUGUCCUCUCUCUGCACUGAAGAACAUUCCAAGAUUACAAGACUAAAAUAUUGACAAAGUACACUGUCACUAGGGACCUUUAACUUUACCUCAGAGAUCACGGGGUUAUUUACAGUGUUCUAUAUAUACAUAUUUAUGUGCUUAUGUAUGUAUGUAUUAUAUAUGCAUAUAUAGGUAGGAAUUACAAAGCUGUGUCAAAAUGUUGGUCAUACAGGGCAAAGGGUUCCCAGCAUUGGAGUUACAGCAGGAAAGCUGCACUGUCAGAAGUCCCCGCUUUCAGAGUGAGCUUCCAAGCCGAAACCCCAUCUGCCCCCAUGCCAAAUGUAAAAGAUCUCAGGGUGUAAUUUCAAAGAGGUGAACUGGCCAACAGGAUGCCCCCUUUAACCAUUGUCACCGAAACAGAUGGCGCAGUCAUUUCUCUCACUGCUCGAUGUGGGAUCUUGCUGUGCGUACAUUGACUGCUUGCUUCCCAUGUUUCACAAGUGACUGCACUUUGUUAACUGUGAGGCAGGUUGGGCCAUUGAGUAAGUGCAAAUUCUAGCCCCUGACUCUUCUCACGACCUGAGACUGAAGUGACUCAGCAGUCAUGAAGGUAACAGGUAGGCUGCUCAAAAUAUCUCAAAGGGGCCACGUUUCGAAAUAAGCAGACCACACACAAUGAGCAAGGGGGAAAUGUUUGCUUAUAUCUAACAAAUCAUUGUCCAGGCAGGGUGUCCUUGCAGUUCUUGCCUUCUAAUUAUGCAUCAAAAAUAUUUCACACUGUGUUAGUAUAAUGUUGUGCAAGGUGUACUAUUGAUUAUAUACAUGAUCACAGAAGAUGGGCAAGGUGUACUAUUGAUUAUAUACAUGAUCACAGAAGAUGGGUGCGCAAUAAAAUGUUUUGUUGUGGAA